AUGUUCAGGCUGCAGCAAAUGAACAGAAGCUGGGGGAGAACGCGGGCUGGUGCUGUGCGGAGCUCUGGCGCAGAAGGCGCUCACCAGGGGUGCCCCGAGCCGGGGUCUGUGCGCCGCGGGCUGGAUCAGGGUCACAGGCUCUGGGUGGACAGAGUCAGAAGACAAAGUGAGGAUGUACUCCUUAGAUGCUCACGAAAGUCCUCCUUCCCCUUCGUUGGGAACGACUCCCCGCCCCCCGCGCCCCGCCGACAGGGAGUCCCUGGCAGCGCCAGGAUUCAGCCGCAGGCAACUCGAGGGAGCGCGAGCCCGGGGACCUCGGGAGGGCCUCGGGAGUGGGGAGCUCUAACCGCCCUACAGUUUGCAUGGGAAGGCAACAGGGACUUCCUUUUUGCACUGUCUGCGGGUACCUCUGUUCUAGCUCUGAGGGGACUAGGGGACGCUGCGCUGUGGGGAAAGCCCGGGUGGCAGGAGGUGGCGGAGCUCCUGGAGGAGGUGCUGGGAUGCGCUGCUGUGGUUGCUGAAAAAGAUCCCGAGGACGCAGUGCCCCUUCCCCGAGCUUCCAGGGAGCCCCGCGAGGAGGACGGGUAGGGUCUCUGGGAGGGCGGAACAGGGGAGCCUGGAGUCUCAGGGCUGCGGGGAGCAGAGGCACUCAAGGUGGCGAACGUCCCCAGUCUGCCCUCCCUGCUCACUGCAGGGUCUCACACUCGCUCUGCUCCGGGCCUCCCCUCAGUCCUGGCCUCCAGGCAGUUUCCAUUUUUGCCAGGUGGAUUCUGUGCGACUUCAUUUAUUCAGAAUCUGGAUCAACAAAUGAACACUCAGGGAGGAAAGGAGUGUUUGGAGGGGUGGAGAGGUUUCCAAGCAGGCGCCCACCUGAGGGUCCCCUAAAAGGAGACUUAAAGCCGAGUUUCCAGCUCGGCCACCCCUUCCUUUUUCUUUCUGUCUUUCUUUCUCUCUGUUUCUUUCUUUCUUUCCUUUUUCAAGAAAUAUAAACAAAGAGCUUGAAUUAUUUUGAAAUAACUCUUGGUAGCUGGACUGUGUUCUGUUGACCACAACAUUGCUCUGGGACUGAACCGCCUGGGUCUCUGCUCUUCCUAAGUGUUACAUAAGAAUAGCGAACCCAUGAGGUCAGCUUUAAACCAGUUUCUUCCCAUAACCUCCUGGACCAAGUCCCAAGCAAGACCGAGAGGAGCUCAA